AAACUUGCGUAUUUUUUAUUUCUAUUCUUAAUUUUUGUAUGAAAAAUACUUUGUAAUGCAUUAAAUAAAAUAUUUCAAGUUAGUGUUUUCUACGCGAGCCUCGAUCGUUGUUGUAUUUUAGUUAGUGUUUACAAAUUUCUUUCUUUUUCGGUGUAAACAAAGAAACAGGAAUUGUAAAAAUGUGGUCGCAUUUAGAACGAGGAAGUUCACCUGUAGAUUGGUGCGAAUCCAAUUAUUCUAUUUCUCCAGUUAUAGCAGAAUUUUUUAACACUGUAACAAACGUAAUUUUCUUCUUGUUUCCGCCUGUAUUAAUCCAUCUUUUUCAAGAAUAUUCUAAAUUCGUCAACCCUGCAAUUAAUGUGUUGUGGGUCCUGUUGAUGGUUGUUGGCUUAAGUUCAGCUUAUUUUCAUGCUACUCUCAGCUUAGUUGGCCAGUUACUGGAUGAGCUAGCUAUUCUGUGGGUUUUCAUGGCUGCUUUUGCAAUGUUCUUCCCCAAGCGGUAUUUUCCAAAAUUUUUGGGUGGAAACAGGAGGUUGCUGUCGUUUUACUGCAGCUUGUUCGCUGUGUUGUCGACUGGUUUCCUGGUGAUGCACCCUGCAGCCAAUGCCUUUGCCCUGAUGACCCUCGUAGCGCCGGCUCUGUUCUUCUUAUACAAGGAACUCAACAGAGUAAAAUGCCCUCGUGUAUACAGACUAGGUCUGCGCUGCAUGGCUGUUUGCUUACUGGCUAUGUUCUGCUGGAUCAUUGACAGAAUGUUCUGCGACGCGUGGCUCUCCAUCGACUUCCCCUACCUGCACGGAGUCUGGCACAUACUUAUCUUCAUAGCCAGUUAUACAGCGCUAGUUCUCGGCGCGUACUUCAAUGUGUCAGAAGAAAGACCCGAACAGAAACCCCAACUGAGGUAUUGGCCGAGAAACGACUUCGAACUAGGUAUACCUUAUAUUGCAAUCAAACAUCCUCGCAAGAAAGAUAAGAAUUUAACUAUCUAGGUUAUUUUUAGUCUGUGUGAUUUAUAUGCACGUAAUUAAGCCGGUGUUGCAAUAUAAAAGUGUUUUUAGCUUUUGAUGUGGAUCUGCUUUUUUUUUUAUAAACUGCCAGUUUAGAUACAAAGUUUUUUUUUCGCUUUAACACCUUGUGCAAUGAGUCUGACUAAUUUUUAUAUGAAUUAUUAUAAAUAAUUAACAAUCAGUUAUUAUU